UCUCUUCCAGGUGCCAAGUCGAGCCAAGCCCUCGGCGACGCCCCGUCAGUCUCAGUAACCGCGGGAGGCACUGCCGCCCUGAAGUGCCAGGUUAAAGGCCUGAACGUCGCGGACUACGGCGGCUUUUGGUACCAUCUGCGGACAGUGCAGGCGCCGCGGUGGGUGCUGGUUCACUGGGCAAACGGCGGCAUCGUGCGGGGCACGGGCUACACUGACCGCUUCCAACCGUCCAGGGACGCGGGCACCAGCAGCUACGUCCUGACCAUCACGAGCAUCGCUGGAGCAGACACUGGCACCUACUACUGUGCCACAGUCAAAGACAACCAGGUCAUCUUUGGCAACGGAGUUCACCUAUUCAUCGCCACUCGCCAGCCGUCUGCGCCCACCGUGCACCUGUACCAGCCACCCCCCGAGCAGCUCGCCUUCCCAGGCCACGACGUGACCCUGACAUGCCUGGCCAGCGGCUUUUACCCAGGGUACAUCCGUGCCCGCUGGACAAUGGACGGCAAGGAGGCCGAGCGCCGGCUGGUGACGGAGGCGGUGCCCGCGCCGGGGGGCACCGACGGCAGCUACAGCUGGAGCGGCUACCUGACCCUGACCGCCGACGAGUGGCACGCACACUCUCGCUUCUCUUGCGAGCUCCACCACGAGUCGAGUGCGGAGCCGGUGGUGGGCACCCUCGACAGGGGCUCCUGCCCGCUCUCCUAACUCUGUCUGCGCCAAUGGAUACAAUAAAGGCAACCCCUCUGGUCUGACA